CAUCCAAGGAAAAAUAAAGCCAGAAUUGGUACAAAACCAACCAAAGCAGGCUAGUUUAAAAUGUGCUCAUACUCACCCCGUGCGGUACCGUUGCUAUGUGGUCCAUUCUGAAGCUAUCCUCCAGUCUACCACUUGUUGGCAGUUUUCUACCCUGUUUGAGGAGACGCCUAAGCAGCAUAAACCGUUUGAAUGUUGAUCUGCACUGUGGAACCGUGUGUGGGAUUGUUGAGAAGCUGCCGGAUGGGAACGAUUUCUACGCCUUUCGUGGCAUACCGUACGCUGAGCCCCCGGUCGGUGAGAAUCGCUUCCAGCCUCCAGUUCCGGUGACGAAGUUCGUAACGCCCGUGCUGGACUGCAGCACGGAACGGGACACCUGUGUGGCGAAAAAUCCCUUCAACCAGCAAUGGCAAGGCUCGGAAAACUGUCUACAUCUGAACGUGUACACGCCGCAGAUGAACCGGCCCGAUGCACCCCUUCCGGUGAUGGUAUUUAUCCACGGCGGAGCGUUCAAGUAUGGCAGUGGGAAUAGCGAUUGUUACUCACCAGAACAUUUGGUCGAGCAAAAUGUGGUCGUCGUAACGUUCAACUAUCGGCUCGGUCCGCUCGGCUUUCUGCAUCUGCCGUCGCAGGGCAUCGAGGGUAAUGCGGCGCUCCACGAUCAGCUGCUCGUCCUACGCUGGGUUGCCGACAACAUCGCUCACUUCAACGGUGAUCCGCACAAUGUGACGCUGUUUGGCGAAAGUGCCGGCGCUAUAUCGGUACACCUGCAUCUUCUGUCGCCCCUGUCCACACCGUUCUUCCACAAAGCGAUCUGCGAGAGCAGUGUGGCGCUAGCAGAUUACGCCGUACCGAACGAUACGCUUGGGAAUUCGCGACGCCUUGCGCAGCUGCUCAAUCCUUCCGCCCACAGUGAUGCAGAGAUGCUGGAAACGUUACGGUCGGCACCAGCACAGCGGUUGGCCGAGCUUUGCGAUCGAACGGCAAUCGGGGAGGAAAAGCGUGGUUCCAUCCUAAUGCCUUUCCGACCGGUGGUGGACCAGUCGGCGAAGGAACCUAUCGUUCCGUUGCAUCCUAUUAAAGCGUUGGGCAUUGUUGGUCACAUUCCUGCCAUACCGCUGCUGCUAGGCUACAACAACCGGGAGGGUGGUUCGUUUCUUACCCACAUCCUGAAGCAUUCCGAGCUCUACCGGGCGGACCUGGAGCGUAUCAUUCCGCGUACGGUCGGUGUAACGCAUGGCACGCCGGAAGCGAAAGAGCUGGCCCGUGCGAUCGAAGCGUUCUACUUCGGCCCGGAAGGCCUCUCACAUCGCAAGGUAAACGAAUGUGCCGAUCUGAUGUCGGACUUUAGCUUUACGAUCCUGAUGAGGGUGACGGCGGAGAUGCAUGCCCGGUACCAGCACCGGUCGCCACUGUUCUUCUAUCGGUUCGAGUACGAUGGGGAGUUAAAUCAGUACAAGAAGUUUCUGCCUUUCCCAAUUGCCGGAGCCUACCAUGCCGACGAGCUGGGAUAUCUGUUUCGAUACAAUCAGUUGUGGUCACUCUGCUGGGUGUUUCCGUCUAAAGAUGGCAACUCGGAAUCGCACCCAUAGCUCGGAACCGCUUCCGCACAUACCUACUCCGGCUGUGAUUCGUGCUAAAUCUUACCGACGGUGCUUCCCUGAGUCGUCGGAAUCAUUCGAACCGUCAUUACCCGUUUGGAGCCUUGGGAUUGUUGCAAUGGACACCGAUAGUACAAUGUAAGCAUAAGUAUCCGUGAUUAGUCUGCUUCUUCUUCUACUUGCCGUAACGUCUUUUGAGGAUAUGCCGACCUGUAAAGGAUCAUCAGUCCUAGCUAUAGGGGGACGAUAAAAUCUAGACUUGAACCAACGACGGAUAUUGUUGUUAAGUUAUGUGAGUUGACGACUGCAACACAGGUCCGUCUGUGAUUUAUAUUUUUGUUUCUACAAGUACGGCUAGCACGAACACUCCUUGCAUAUAUAUGACAGAAUCAUGUAUAUAACCAACUAAAAAAUAUUUAAGAGAUCAGGGUAUAGUUGUUACAGACCUCUGCAAUGCUUAUCAGACUACACAAAUGAACUAAAUGUAUGUUACUAAAAUUACGGAAAUCACCAACUCGGACCCUGCAAUGCCCAUUUGAGCAAGAUAAGAUUCCAUUGUAAGAGGAGGAAUCAGCAAAAAAAACGCGUAUUGGGACAAUGUAGACAUGAUUUAAGAAAGAACAGCUUGACAGUUAUAAAGAUCACAUUAUGUUUGAAGUGGGUAAAAAUAAAAUGAAUCAAGCAUCAUUGAUGUCGUGCUCGAUGAGUCAGUUAGUCAGUUAGACUCUAUAAACAAAUAAAAAAGAGACGAUUUUUCAACGGAUCUUCAAAUUUUCACAGUAAACUUUCUAUUUGAGAUGAUCCAGCAUGAAUCCAGCAUUAAUUGAGAUAAAUAUAGCAUAGAAAAAUUAAAUAUCAAUCAUUCGCGGCUUUCGAAGAUCAUUUUCAACAAAACAACGAGUGAUACUCCGUAGAAUGCGUAUGAAAACUAAAAAAACGUUAGAAGAUUUGAAACUGUGCCUGGAGAAGCUGGUAGUUUAAUGCAAAUUUGAUGUCCUGGAAUGGCAUGUUUUUCCAUUUAAUGUGCAAAAAGUUUUGAUUUAUUCUUUUAUCUACUGAUAUAUUUACCAUCUGAUUUAAAUUUUAUUUACUUAUUCAUUUAUUUAUUUAUUCAUACAAAAUAAUCUGGAAAAUCGAGCCUACGUAACAUUUAAAGCCUAAGUAACAUUUAAAAAAUACGCAAUUUGACUAAUGGAUUUUAAAUUCGGUAUGUAAUGUAUUUAAUGUAUAAAUUCUACAAAUUGAAAAAAAAAACACAAUCUCACUG